GCUGCAAGGGCAAGGGAGCCGGCGAUGCGAGCCGGGCGGCUUCUUCCUUGAACCCCGAGCCGGGCGAGCGAUGGCCCUGCUGGGCCGCCUGGUGCGGCGAUCGCCCUGGCUGUGCAACGUGGCGCUCUACGGGAGCCUCUUCGCGGCGGGCGACGCGGCGCAGCAGCGGCUCCGGCGCCGGCCGGGCCAGAGCGCGGACUGGGCGCAGACGCGGCACGUGGCGCUGGUGGCGCUCUCCUUCCACGGCCACUUCAACUACGUGUGGCUGAGGGCGCUGGAGAGGCUGCUGCCCGGCCGGGCGCCCGGUGCCGUGCUGGCCAAAGUGCUGUGCGACCAGCUCAUGGGCGCGCCCGUCGCCGUGCUCGCCUUCUAUACCGGCAUGAGUAUACUCCAGGGGAAAGAGGAUGUCUUUGCCGACUGCAGGGAUAAAUUUUGGAAUACCUAUAAGACUGGGCUGAUGUACUGGCCUUUUGUGCAGCUUUCCAACUUCAGCCUGGUUCCGGUGCAUUGGAGGACAGCGUACACUGGCCUGUGCGGUUUUAUCUGGGCAACUUUCCUGUGCUUUUCCCAACAAUGCGGUGACGGAACUGCAAAAUCAGUUUUCUUGUUGUUCCGAGGCAAGAAACCUGACACGGGCGAGAUGCCGCCAGGGAAAUAAAUAUAUUGCUGGUGCAAAGCAUCGCUCACCUGUCAGGGAGGCAGCGAGCUGCGUUGGCAGAUGGCCAGCUGAAUUUUUUUUUAGGGGGUGGUGAGAGUGUACAUGAAGGUAGAACUAAAAGUGAACAAACUUGAGCAUUUAUGAAAUGGUACCUUAUUGCUGUGGGAAUGGACUCAGCUAACUUUUAGGGUUGUAUCCAAUUAAUGGGCAUGACUAACUUAGGCCCCUUAAUUUUAAUUCUUCUCCCUGCAUUCUGCAAAUAUAACUUUACUACUCUCUUAUUUCAGUCGCGGAUUUGAGGGUUCAGUGUGUGCCUGUAGAAUUCGGCAACAUAAAAAAUGUGAACUACCAGUCUAUGGUUUAGGGCAGGAUUGAGGAAGCUCUGUCUGGCUCUCGGUACUUUUCCUGUACUGCACUCCC